AUGUACAACAGAAAUUACUCCUCGCGGAGAUACACUUACAUCAAGGCCAUCAUUCUGGGAGACAGCGGCGUGGGAAAGACAUCCCUGAUGCACCAAUACGUCCGGAACACAUUCAGCACGCAGUACAAAGCAACCAUCGGCGCAGACUUUAUGAAAAAAGACGUCGACCUUGGUGACGGGCGCGUAGCCGACGUCUCCUGCUGGGACACAGCUGGCCAGGAGCGGUUCCAAAGCCUCGGCGUGGCUUUUUACCGCGGCGCCGACUGCUGUAUCCUGUGCUUCGAUGUGACAAAUCUGCGCAGCUUUGAGAAUCUGGAGAGCUGGCGCGAUGAGUUCCUGAUUCAGGUCGGGCCCCGGGACCCGGAAAGCUUCCCGUUUGUCGUUGUUGGAAACAAGAUUGACAUGGAGGGGAAGCGCGCGGUGUCGCAGAAGCGCGCGAUGGAGUGGUGUGCGGCAAAGGGCAAUAUUCCGUACUUUGAGACCAGCGCUAAGAAGGAUAUUAACGUUGAGGAUGCCUUCAGGACUGUGGUUAGGAAUGCCAUGGACCAGGAGACCGAGGCUGAUAUCUACAACGACUUUCCUGAUCCCAUCAGAAUCGACGCUGACGACCAGGACAGUCAGGCGUGUGCGUGCUAG